UAAAUAUUUAGGCACUUAUUUAAGUAGCACAAACGACAACCACGAAGAAAUAAAAAAACGCAUGACAUCUGGAAACAAAUGUUUUUACGCCCUUUCGGGGUUGCUGGGGUCGAAGCUACUGUCGAAAAAAUCAAAAGAACGACUUUACAUGGUACUAGCUAGACCAGUGAUAAUGUAUGCAUGUGAGACAUGGCCCACGACCCAAGGAGAUGAGAAUAGACUAGCUAUCAUGGAGACGAAAUUCCUUAGGAGAAUUUAUGGACCAAAAAGAAACGAAGACCAAACAUAUGAAAUUAGGACUAACAGAGAACUGCAGGAAUUAUUCGGAAAACCAGACAUAAUAGCGGAAAUACGCCACAAGAGACUGAGUUGGCUUGGACAUGUACUAAGGGCUAAGUCAAUAGCAAAUGCGGUAUUAAGAUGGAUUCCUCAAGGAAGGAGGCCAAUUGGAAGACCGAAACAGAGAUGGAUGGACAAAAAUAAAAAAGAACUAAAUAAACUUGGGAUAGACAAUAUUACUGAAGCGACUAUGAAUAGAGACAGAUGGAAGGAGAUUUGUUUUGCAGCAAUGGGCCUUAAUGGCCUUUAAAGCUGGAAGAAGAAGAAGAAGAAAUAAAUAGAAAAGCUUUGAAAAUGAGAAAUGGUGAAAAAAUAAUCGAUCGUUUGGAAUUUAUAGAAGAUACCAAAGGCAACAGUGGUGACAAGGGAGUAUUGAUCAUCACUAACUUGAGAGCUAUUUGGCACUCAAUGACUAUAGCUAGAAUAAGCCUGUCAAUUGGCUAUAACUGUAUACAAAAUAUCUCAACAAGAAUAGUCAACUCUAGAUUAAGAGGUACAACUGAAGCUGUUUAUAUACAAUCGAAAUAUAACGGACUCAGAUAUGAGUUUGUCUUCACUAAUCUAAUACCGGGAAAUACGAGACAUUUUACUUCUUUCAUUGGAAUAUACAAAGCAUACAAUACAAGCAGAUUGUAUCGAGAGCUGAAAUUGCGUGGUGCCAUUUUGCAAAAUGGUCGAUUGAAAUUAUUAAUGUUGGAAAAAAUGUAUACUACUGUAAACGGAGUAUGGAAUUUAUCCAGCGAGCAGGGUAACCUUGGAGCGUUUUUAAUGACUAAUAUACGAUUAGUAUGGUAUGCAGAAAGCAACGAAACAUUUAACAUAUCUCUACCAUAUAUUCAUAUAUAUUCAGUAAAAAUUAGAGAAUCGAAGUUCGGUGAAGUAUUAGUAAUUGAAACCACAAGUUACAGUGGAGGUUUUACUCUAGGAUUUCGAAUAGACCCCAGGGAACGUCUCCGAGAAGUAACAAAAGAAUUGUCCUCGAUUUAUCGCAUACACUGUCAAGCGCCGGAAUUUGGAGUUCAUUUCAUUAAUACCGAACAGAUAGAAAACAACGAACCAUCCCCAACGUUAUUGCCAUCUCCUGAAAAGUACGAUGAAUUUGAAGAUGAAAAUGUCAUAGGCGUAUCUAAUUCCCUGGCCAAGUACAGCAUCAGUAGAUCCGAUAAGGGCGAUGGUACACCGAAAUAUGACUCCUCGUUGGGACUCGCUAUUGAAACUUUACCGGAUGGAUUUACAUUGUCAACACUUUGGGAAGUAAUACCAACAACGAACCGUAGUAUUGAAUAACAAUGGAUUGUUUUCAGAAAUAUCUGAUGAUAUCAUUAAAAUUUUUUUUUGUGUUA